GAGGCCCCGCCUCGACCGCGGAGGACAGAGGGCGGGGGGGGGGGGCCCAAUUGCCCUCGCCCCCCCCGCUCCGAAGCGCUGCUCCGGGGCUCGGGGAGCCCACCCCCCGCCGCUCGGCGACGCUCGAACGGUGGGGCUCGGCGGCCCCCUCCUGAGCGGGCUCUGGGUGGCGGGCAGGUUCCACAGCCCUUGGCCCAGGGGUCUGCCCGCGCGCACUGGCCAGAGGGGCUCUGGGCGCUGCGCACGGGCCAUGGCGGCUUCGGCGGCGGCUGCCUCCGCCACCUUCGUAUCCAGGCCGUGGCGCUUGCAGACCGCGGGCAGCACGCCCACGCCCGCCGACGCGCAGCAGCAGCAGCAGGGCACGAGGCAGCCAGAGCCGCCGUCUUGGCGCUGCUCCGUGGUGCGGCGGCUGGAGGGCAGCCUGUCGCCCGACACCGCCUUCGGCCAGGCCUUCGCGCACUGGGCGCGCAAGGCCGAGGCGCUCGCCACCAACCACGUCCGCACCGCCUUCGAGCGCGGGUGCGCGGGCCUGGCCGCUAGGGCCGAGGGCGUUGCGGCGGGGGCGGUCUCGGCGACCAUCGCCCUGGCAGGCACCGACGUGGCCGACCACGAGGCCACCAUGCGGCUGGCGGCGCGCCUCCUGGCUGCAUCGGCCCCCGCCGCCCGCAUCGCCCUGGUGGGCCCGGGCGACUUCCGGAGCUUCGCCUUGGCCACGAGGUGCAUCUGCGCGCAGCUAUCUGGAGAGGGCAGCGGCGCGGCAGACGUGGGCGACGACGACGACGGCGAGGACGAUGACGCGCCGCAUUGCAGCGACCAGAAGGUUCGCAGGCUGUCCACCCCAGCCAGGUUCGCGAGGUGGCUGAGCAGGAGCGGGUCGGCAGCUGCCGUCGUCAUACUCGUUGAGCAGGCCGACAGCCUGCCGAAGGAAAUGCUUCGUGGUGUGCUCAGCACGUGGGGUUCUGCUUGCGGAGAUCAUGGCAUCCCCAUAAGUUGCCUGCUUGGACUACAGCACUCGCCGACUGGACUGCACAGGCUCCUUGGCGGGGACUGCGCGAUCCCAGUGAUCAACACGAGCGCCGUGACGCUGUUCAAUGCCCAGGAGGUCUGCUACGAGUUCCUUUGCUUAGUGGCGGAAGACGAGGAGGCUCCGCUGCCGUUGUUCCCCGAGACGCUGAUGUGGCUCAGGGACCACUUCCUGAACUCUCGCCGGAGCAUGUCCAGGGUGCUGAAGGCCCUGGCGCUGCUCUGCGACGAGCACGCUUCGCAGAAUCAGCUGAGCGCCAUAUGCAUUUCGGCGAUGGUGGCGACCAACGCAGCAGGGCAAGGCGAUGUGCCGCGCCGCAAGUGCGUGGAGCUGGUAGGGAGCGCGGCAGCGGCAGCAGCCGCGAGUCUUGCGCCAGAGCCUCCCGAGGUGGCACCCGCAGCCGCGCCAGGGCCUUCCUCGGAGAACGCAUACAGCUGGACGCAGGCUCUUGCGGAGCGCCUGCGGGGCUCCCAGGAACUUGUGGGCUGCCUGCGGGACGCGGGGUUCGCUGGCAGGCUCGAAGGCCCAGCUGACGAGGAGCGCCUGCUGAACGACGUCGCAGAGGCCGCCGCCGCGGCCCUCGAGUGGCGCACCAGGCUGUGCCGCUCGCUGGAGGUGUGGGACAUCCUCCUCUGCACUCUGCAGCCCACCGCGCGCCACGAGGUGCAGGUGAGGAGGAUGUGGAGGCUCCUGUCGGCAGUCUGGCCGCGGCAGACAGCGGCCUCCUCUGGCGCGGAUGGCUCGGCGGACCAGGACGGCAGCGGCAUCGACAAGCUAGUGGGCAUCUGCCUCCAGAAGCUCGACCGGAGGGCCCGCACCAUCGACGCCGGCGAGCUGCGGCGGAUGCUGGAGCUCCUGCUCCCCGCGAGCGCCUCGCUCGAUGAGCCGCUGCAGGUGGAGCUGAGGGCGCUGGUCUCGUCUGAGCACGGUGAAGACGAGCUCUGCAGCGGUGUCCAGUCGUGGGUCCAGGCCGUGAAAGCUCGGCACUGGCAGCCUCUCGGCGGCGUUCCGGGGCGGCUCUUCCUGGCGGGGCUCACCCUGUCGCCCGCCGCCGCGGGCGCCGUCGAGCGGCGGCUCUCGCACAAGGCUGCGGAGGCCGAGGUGCUGGCGCUCGCGCGGGGGCCCAUGCGCCGGCAGCGGGACGACGCCUCCCUGGUGUGCCGGCUCCUCGAGAGCGUGCCGGGCAGGACGGUCGAGCUGGCGGAGCUGUUUGCGGAGUUCAGCAGGCACGCCGGCGAUGCGCCCGGCCCAGCGGGCGGCGACGCCGCCGAGCAGAGCAGGUUCGGCCGCGCGCUGAUGCAGCUCCACAUGCAGGGGCUGCACGCGCCGGUCCGGAGCGGCGGCCAGCACCGCAAGCAGAAGAGGGCGUUCGCGGGCUGGCGGACCCGCAAGAGGGCGUUCGGGCGCGUCUGGGUGAAGGCCGCCCAGCAGACCCGCAUCACGCAGUUCUUCGGCAAGGCGCCCGAGGUCGACGUGGUCGAGAAGACCGUGUCGGACCGGACGGCGGAUCGCUCCGACAAGCCGCAGCAGUUCGUGUCUCCGAUAUUCGUGGACCCCAGGGACGCCAAGAAGGUCGUGGACGCGAAGGAGGCCCCGUGGGCGAUGGCGGCGCUGCGGAAGGGCCCGGCGACGCGGCUGCAGACUGCGCUGCGGGAGAAGCUAGGUGCCAGCACCGCCGCGGUGGAGUUGCACCCGGCGAAGAGGCAGAGGAGAACGAAGAUCUUCAUGGCGUGAGCCCUCCCGGGAGAUCCGGCUUCCAGGUGCUCGCGAGGAGAGUUUCCCUCACAGUGGAGACCCAUGACAAGAAGCACCCUGCUUGCCUCCAGGGUGCCCUGGGUGUCUUGGGUUUCGAUGGUUUUGCUAUGCUCGAAUGAACGGACGGUUUUUUGUGGACUGGCCUCCACUGUGCACAGCUGAACUUUCUGCUGACUUCCCUUUUGCAGCUCACCUCUGCCCGCCGACUGGCACUCUGCGCCGCCGCCUCCGACGUGGCGGCGACGGAGGCACGGCAGGCGCGGGCCUCCGGGCCGAGCCUCGCGCAGGCGCGGCGCCGGGAGGCCUCCCGGCCCGCGUGGGGAGGAGGAG